CGCGCUUAUAUGGCCGAUAUUCCAAAGGGGAAAGAACAUUACCACAUUUACUCUUUGCAUGAGACAACGUCAACACGGCACAGCGUAUGUCUCAGCCCGGGCGGCAGCCACAUGUUUAUGAAGGUUUCGUGUCGGCGAAUGUCACAUUCGUGUCUCGUUUGUCACUUCGUUUGUGUUCGUUUGACAUCGGCGUUGGAGGGUAGCGAAGGAAGAAGGUAGAAGUACUAAGUUUUUUAAGAAGAGCAGAGAUGGCAAAAACGACGAAGAAACCUUGCAGAAGAUGCUGGGUACCUACUUGCAGAAACUCAAAGCCUAAAGAAGCCGCUAAAAAGAAGUUAUUUUUGUUUCCCCGGGAUGUGGCUCGGUGCAGAGAGUGGAUUAAAGCAAUAGGUGAUGUAACCCUUGCAGAGACAGAACUGAAAAAGCUCAAUACAAUUAGAUUUGUAUGCGAAGAUCACUUUCCCCCGUCCAAAAUCACCCCUCAAACCAGACCUGCUGCUGAUGCUGUGCCGGUCUUCUUUAACCCAGUACGAAGGCCCCUCACCGAAGAUGACUUGCAGGCAUUUGAUGUGCAAGCCCAAUUGGAUGAUGGGGUGCCUGAACUGCACAUAGACUUUACUCACUCCACAAAUCAAGACUCGUGUAUGUCUGGAUCAUCAUCGGAUUUUAGCCAUAGCAGUUUUGAGCUCUCUACACAUUCAUCAGACCGCUAUUAUUCCUUAGAGUCUAAUGAUGAGAAUAACUUGGGCUCUCUUCGCUCAGACGUGUCAGAGGAUGCCGAUUUCCCCUGGCUGGAGCUGUCUUUACCUUCUCUGGACACUAGAGGGGUAGACCUGUCAGAUACAGAAGAAGAACGUAGUUUGGCGUGGGGAUGUAAUGAGAGUGUUUUGUGCGAUUCAGAACGACUAUCGAUGUCAUCUAUUCCUGCUGCUCCUGCAACAAUGUCUCCUCCUCACAGCAAUUACAGUAUUGUUCAAAUGUCAAGUUCUCCUACUUAUCAGAACUGUUCUUUGGAUUCUUCAGAAGGUCUUAUGAAUGUCAAGGAUCGCAUCAACAAUUGCAAGCCUCCAGUUGUUUGGAAAACAACAUAAUUCAUAUGUUGCUGAACUGGGCUGAAAAGCGACAUUCUGUUGACAGUUUGUGUGAUGUAGGCAUACUUCUGAUUAGUUAAUGCGUUCAAUUUUAUAUUUGUUGAGCCUUUUUGCACAAAAGUCAACUCAUCUCAUGUUUUAAAAAGACUCCUUUGUUAAACAGAGUAAAAGUGUGAAACUGGAGAAAAAGAAGAAGAAUUAACAUUAUCUAUCACAAAGAUCUGUUUAGAGAGGUCUUGUAAAUGCACAGAAAUUUUGAAGCUGGUGCAGCUACAUAUUGGUAACAAACAUUUAAAUAGUAGAAUUAGUGCAUUCUAGGAAUGAAUUCCUUUUGUGAAAAUAAGAGAUUCAUGAAGAGUAGUGAUUUGUAAGUACUUCUUAAAUAUAUUCCAAGGAAUCUACAAAUGUGUUUCCUGAAGCACAAAUGUUUGAGUUGAGUGUUAGAAAAAAAAAUAGCUGUGAGUAUUUUCAAAUUUUUAGAAGAAUUUUUAGAAGUUAUGCUGUACCUGCUAAUUUGUAAGCUAGAAGAUAUGUGUAACUUGAUAUUUUAUGUUUUUACUGGUAAAUUCUCUUAAACUUUUUCAUUUCUAUUUUUCUUUUAAUUUUUGUAAAAUAUGUCAUUCAAUACUUGUGUGUAAAAUUAAAAAGCCUUUUGUAAAUGUCUUUAAAGAGAUGUAUCAAAUGAAAUAUUAUUCAAGUUUAAAAAAAUUCAAUUCAAUAUAGUCUCCUUACUGUAAGUUUUUAUAAGUUACAAAAAUUGUAAUAUACAUUUGGCAAAUAAUUUGUAUAGAGAAACUUAUCUUUAGUUGAAAUGUAAAUUAUAUGUCACCUAUUAGAAUUCAUGAGGAGCUAGUACUGACUAGACAUUUCCUUUAAAGAAAAUUGUCUCUGGAAUAAAUUAUUUUCUAGAUCAUUCCAUGAUAUUUUCCUUCAUGAAAUUAUUAAGCAUUUCAACACCUUUUUCUUCCAAUGAAUUUUGCUUAUUAAUAACAGUGACAUUAUAGACAUGAAGGAAUAUAUAAUAUAAUAUAUAUAUAUUCUUCCAUGUCAUAGAUAUGUUAGUGAUGUUUGUACAUAUCAUGACAGUUGGUGAAUACAAAAAUGUAUAUUUUUGAAUAUGAAUUAUUAUAGCAUUACUUGUCAGUCUAUUAUUUAUUUACAAAACAAUUUCUGUUUCUCAUUUGAAACUUAAUUUCAGCCAUUUUAUACAUGAAAGAAGGAAGUAAUAAUUAAUAUUAGUGAUAAUAAUUUAAUAAAGGGGUUUAACAAUCUAGGAGUAUUGUUAUAUUUUUUUAAUAAUAAGCAGGCCAAAUAUUAAUUUCAAAUAAAAUGUGUUAAGUGAAUAUUCUAUAGGUUAUCACAACUGUUGUGUAUGAUCUCAGCUACUUAAGUCCAAGAAUCUUUCCUUGUGACUAAUCACUUGCUUGUAAAAAUUUUGAGAGAGAAUCGAAAUAUUAUCAUAAAUUGUAGCAAAGGAGACACUUACUGUUGAAUAACUGACUUACUGUCACAUAAUGUGAGAAAUCAAUUAACUUUGUCUUGUACAUAUUGUGAAUAAAACUUGGUAGAUAUGUUUUCAAAAAGGUGAAAUGUAUUGAGUGUGAAUGUCUAUGUGGUAAAGACUUAAGUAAAUUACCACAGAGUGAACAAUAAUCUUCCUUUACUGUACAUAUUGGGUAAUUAGAUAUUAACUCGCCCAAAAGCAUUGUUCAAUGUUGGUAAAUGUGCAGUUGCUUUUCUGGAAUAAAAAGAGAAGUAGCUGCUUGUAGUACUUUUGAUGAGGUAGGGGUGUAAAAUGAAACCAAGCAAAAUAACCUUGUUUCCUCAUGCAGCUUUAAAUUUAUAUUUUGUAUAACAUGAUCUAUGCUUGCUCAUGAAAAGCUCAAAUGAGUAGCUGACAUAUUUAAAAUAAGUAGUGCAUUUUGGUAACACAUACAUCCAUGUAAAAUAACUGAUGUAUUCUCAUAGAACAAACUCUCAUUUUCUGAAAAAGAAAUUUCUUCCAUUAAAAUUGAUUCAUUAGAAAAGAACAUAUGAAGACAAGUAUGUUUAAUUUAUUUAUUUCUUAAUACAUUAAACAUUCAUUUGAUCUUUCCGCAAGUGCAAUUGAAAUUAUGUUGGAGAAGUAAAAGUUACCAAGGAAAUUCUUGUUGGAAAGUGUAUAAGAAAAUAAACCGUCCUCAUAAAGAAACAUCUUGGUAUAUAAGACGUGUGGCCCAAAACAGUUGCUGAAUUAUAAUGCAACUAAUUACUAGUUAGUAUUAUUAAUGUUCCUUUGCUGUGCAUAGAAUUGUGUCAGACCAUUUGUUGGAAAUUAUUUGUCUUUCAUAAUAAUUGGAAUAAAUUUAGUACAAAAACCUUUUAAAAUAUUUUCUAAAAUCCUCUCCAUCAUCUUGAAAGUAAGAACUGUGUUUGCUGAUAUCAUUAGUACUUGGGAGUGUUUGAUCUUCUUAUCUACCCUUGGUAGAAGUGACUUGGUUCCUUAUUGCCUUUGUGGGUGCUCCUAUCUUACAAAAAUAUUUGUUACCUACUUAAGUUGUUAAAAAGUGUAAUAUGUUUUAUUUUUUCAUGUCUGUAGUACAGAAAGAGUUGUAUUAUACAGCAAAAAAAAAUCAAUGUCAAGAGUGUGAUAGAAAUAUGUUUUGAGUCCCUGCUACAGAAAAGUGGCGGUUUUAUUCAUAACAUGUCUGUGAAAAACCAGCAUGUAAAACCACACACAUGAUUUUGAUCUAAACAGGUAUUUCCCAAUUGGUCUGGGUGGAGAUGUGACUCCUUGAAUUUGAUACAUAUCAUUUUAUUUGGAAAGUUUUUAACAUGGAGCUCUUAGGACAAUUUCAAAAUAUUCUCUAAAAAUGUCUCUAGAUAUUGCUCAUUAAAUGUUUUAUUUGGAUGGAGUGAAGUACACUUACAAAAAUUAAUGACCAAUUUUGAAAGUUGAAAACGUUUGCACCCCAUCCUACUACUGUAUUAUGGAA